CAGUGAUGGCUGAAGCAGGAGAGGGAGGGGAAGUCGGGGCUUCGUCGGCUAAUUUACUUGAUUUCGACCUCCAGUUGGAUGAUGCUGAGUUUGACCUACCUUCAGUUGAAAAUCCUACACUUGAAAGUAUCUUAAAUGAGCCUGAUGACCAGGAGUCAGUGUUGGAUGAAGAUGAGGUGUCAAUGCCAUCAUCUCUCCAGCUGUUCCGAGAGUCCGGAGAUACCUCUUCACUGUCAAGUCAGGACAGCAUGCUCUCAGAUAGACCCAGGAAAUGGGAAAAGAAACGCAAAGGAAUUCACUAUUCCAUACAUGGAUCUGUCUUGAAGCCAAGUAAACUGAAGAGUAUUUCAGCCCAGCUACUGUCGGCUGCUGAUCGGGUGGAUGCUGGGAUGCCAACAGCCAUGGCAGUGUCCUCCCUCAUAGCUGUUGGAACUUCACACGGACUGGUGCUCAUCUUUGAUCCCAAACAGGUUCUGAAGUGGUGUUUAGGCAGCACUGCUGUUGGGUCACAGUAUGGAUCUGUCUCCGCCAUCAGUUUUAACAGGGAUUGUACACGACUUCUAAGCGGCUUUGCCAAGGGGCAGAUCACGAUGUGGGACCUCACUAAUGGGAAACUACUGAGGACGAUAACAGACGCACAUCCUCCUGGCACGGCGGUCCUACAUAUCAAGUUCACCGACAGUCUCGUUCUGGCUGUCUGUAGCGACAGUGGAGGCUCCGUGUUUGAGCUGGAGUUCAAGCGUCUGAUUGGUGUUCGGACAUGCGAGUCCAAGUGUCUGUUCUCCGGAAGUCGAGGUGAGGUAUGCACCAUUGAACCUCUUCAUAUGAACCUGACCAUCAAGGACCAUCCCAUGCAAGACGUCAUGGUUAUUGCCAUGGCAACCAUGUCAAAGGUUCUGUUAGUUACAAUACGGCCGCAGCUGAAAGUCUUCUUUACCCACCAGUUAAAGGGUGAUCCAGCCACUCUUCCACUCCUCGCCUGGCAGUUUGUCAUUAUCCAGGUAUCGGAGAGCGACCGAGUAAUUGAUCCCGUUCUUGCCUUCGCUCGUGACUCUACUAUACAUUUCUAUCAGGUAAUCUGUAACAAUGGACAGGAUAUCCGCUGUUCAGGUCUACAGAAGAUUACAGUACAGUACAAGAUUUUGGGCAUACAUUGGCUUAAUACGCGAACUCUAGUUGUCAUGGAUACUACUGAAAAAAUGCAUGUGAUUGAUGUGAGAUCAGAAGGAGAGAUUGAGGUACUGGACGUGUCAGAGGUACAAAUGGUCUACAACACAAGUUUCUUUAAGUCUCUAGCCACAGGUGGAAACGUUAGUCAGGCUAUGGCAUUUGCUGGAGAGCGAGCAUGUUACCAGACAUUGGUCAGCCAUGGCGGACAGCUGUUUUUACUCGGAACAAAGACUGUCCAUGUUUACGCUCUACGGAACUGGAGAGAUAGAAUAGACGUAUUGGUGAAACAGAACCGAUACCAGGACGCCUUGGUCCUCGCCCUGUCCUUCUACGAGGGCAAGGCCAAAGGGGUGGUCGGUCUGGUGGGAUCUCACCGCAAGAAACAGGAGUUGGUAUCUCACCUCAUGCUAGACCUACUUUUCGAGUUUGUCGAUCUGUCCAUGACACAGCUGUGUCCAGACCAGGGCAAGAUAGAGGAACUGGAGGAAUACUACCAGGGAAUUGUUCCUGUCUGUGUGGACUACUGCCUGCACCUCAACAAAACUGACAUCCUGUUUGGACGGAUAUUUGAGAGGUUUUCAGCGGACAUGAUUGCCCAUGGAGUAUUCUUGGAGUGUCUUGAGCCGUAUAUCCUGGCGGACAAGCUCACUUCUAUCCCCCCUACUGUAAUGAAAGACUUUGUCGAUAACUACGAGGGAAAGGGUAUGCUGGAAAAUGUGGAGGCUUGUAUUGUUCACCUGGAAAUCACCAGUCUUGAUAUACACCAGGUGGUUAGUCUGUGUUGGGGACAUGGGUUGUAUGAUGCCAUCAUCUAUGUGUACAACCGAGGCAUGAAUGAUUACACUACGCCAUUGGAGGAUCUUCUCUCCACACUCAGGGCGGCCGUCGACACGGGCAAACAACUGUCUGACAAUCAGAUAAGACUUGGAAACAAACUGCUUGUGUACAUCAGCUGCUGUUUGGCAGGCAGAGCCUAUCCUCUAGGAGACAUUGCAGAGGAAUUGGUUACAGGUGUUAAAGAAAGCGUGUAUCAAUGUGUUACAUGUCUACAUACGAAGCAGUUUUCAGAUGAUGAGCCUGCCUACCCUCACCUGAGGACACUGUUACAGUUCGACACUCGAGAGUUCCUAAAUGUCCUAGCACUGGCCUUUGAAGAGUCUGAAUUUAACAGUGAUGAAGGGGUGCAGAAGAGACAAAGGAUGGUGGAUGUCCUGCUGCAGGUCAUGGUGGAAAGUGUUGGAUUUACACCCACACAGGUAGGGAUCCUGUUUACUUUCCUUGCCAGACAGAUGGCACGCCAUGAAAACACCAUCGUUGUCAACCGAGUGCUGUUUGAUCAGGUAUUGGAGUUUCUGUCAAACCCAUCGGAUGAAUCUCGCCACGAGGAGAGACAGCAAGCCCUCAUGGAACUACUGCAUGCUGGAGGACUCCUACAGAUAGAUGAGGAAAGACUCCUUUAUCUCGCUGAAAAUGCAAAGUUUUACCGGGUGUGUGAGCUCUUAUAUGAAAAGCAACGCAAAUUUGGCAAAAUCCUGUCCUGUUACCUCCGGGACUAUUCCAGAAAGUAUCACUCGUUCAGCUACAUCAACAGUAUCGUAAAUAGUGAGAGAUUUACUGAGCUGGAGAAAGAGGACGUCCGACAAGAGGCCAUGGUACAUUUACAGGAGUUGGUAGCUAUAGAUUGUAAACAGGCAGCCCAAGUUGUGAUAACGGCGUUGUCAAGUAACCUAUCAGCAGUGGUCAAGGAACUGAGCAGUAAUCCAGCUGUCCUGUUUGAGUUUCUACAGGGUGUCAUGUCCUACAGAGAUUCCAUGGGCAGUGCUAUCCACCAGGAGAGACAGGUAGUCGUGGAGCCUCAUAUCUUUGAGCUGUACAUUGAUCUGAUGGCACAGUACCGUCCAAAUGAUGUCUACAGUUAUAUCAAACUUAACGAGGGCUACAGACUGGAACAGACACUAGAGAUAUGCAGAAAACACAAACUGUCGAAUGCCACAGCGUAUUUACUGGAGAAGGCCGGAGAUAUCCAGGGAGCUUUUGGUAUUAUGUUGGAGAAUCUACAGGCCAAACUGAAGAAUGUUACAGAUGUAUUACUGGGAGCGACAGUCCAGAAGGAUGCCAAAGUGCUGUUCUCUGAGGUGCAACUAGAGGUAGUAGUCAUAGUCCAGCUCUGUCAAAGGAAUUCUGGGAAAAUGGACGAGGCCCAAAGGGAGUUGCUGUGGUUUCCACUGUUAGAAGCUAUGAUGUCCCCUCAAAGGAAGCUCAAAGAUGUAGAAGAGAAGGAGUUACUAGAAGAAUUUAAAGAACCUACACAACAUGUAUUGACAAGCAUGAGUGAAUAUAUACAGCUACCGGCAAUUCUACAGAAGAUUAUGCAGGACCCUGCAUACAGCACGGGCAAGUUUGGCGAGGUCAAGGAUUUGAUACUAGGCAUGCUGGAAAAGUAUAAUUAUGAAAAGACAUUAAGAAAGACCUGUAAGAAUUUGUUAAAUCACGACAUCCAUGUUCAUCUCCGGAGUCUGACCAAUGUGGCAGCCAAGGGCUUCGUGACAAAGGGAGAUAACUGUAAUUUGUGUAACAAGCCGUUUGUGACCCAAUCUGAUGUGGACAGUAUCAUUGUGUUCAGGUGUGGCCAUGGUUACCACCUCGGCUGCCUGCGGUCAGUAGGCUCUGUUCACUUACUGGAUGGUGAGGAAUUAUGGGCCUGUUACUUAUGUAGUCACACUAAACGCGGCCACGUCCAUAGCAGUCGUUUCCAUCGAUCGCUCUCCACCGCUGCACAGUCUGUACAUCAUACACAAAAGGACAAACCAAAGGAGAUGUCCCUGGAUCCUCAGCAUCUACAAGCCAUUGAUUAUGUCCGCCGUUCCAUGAGGACACCAUCAAGGAUUGCCAUUUUGACAGAGCUCUCAAAACCUGACCAGUCAUCACGGGCCAGCAGGGCUGGCUCCACAAUAUUUAAUGAGGAGAAUUUCCGACUGAAAUUAGCACCACCACCUGCUAUGGAAGUUUCCUGACGGGGGUAUUUAAAUUAGACUUUUACAUGUCAACAUUAUGUAGUGAUAUUACAACGCUACUGGUAUCUAAGUCACAUGAUCAAGAAAACCUCGAAUGAGUGCUGUGAUUGUCUGACAUAUUAUAAGACAAAACCACGGGAUAAGUGCAUUAUGGGAUACUGUAAUACAGUAAACCUGUCGUCACAAGGAACUGUCUUCAUGUGACCUUUUUCACCAUUGUGAAGACAAUAAACCUGGAAUUAGCAAAAUUUUCGUUUUUAUCUAUUAAGCUCUUAAAUGUUUUUUGAUAAUAAAUUAACAUUCCUUUAUCAGUUUAAACAGUAAUCAUGAUAAAAUCUUCCCUAGUUUACCAAGAAUCAGCCACAUGUUUCACUUGUUGCAUUCCUCUGCUUAUGUGGAGCAAAAUGGACAGAAAAUGUAUGGUACUCUAAGUUGAGAGGACGGACGGAGAAAUCAGAGUCUAAAGGGGGACUGUCUGUUCUUCUGUCAUGUUCAAAUGAUGUCAUUAUUCAAUAGUGAGGAUGAAGUAGGUGUGUUUGUUGUGAGAGGAUUAAUAAAUUGUGAUAUAUGUUACUGAACUAAGUAUACAAUAAAAUAUUGUUGAAAAUA